UGCCGGUUGCUGCCAGUAAGGUUGCCAUCGGUGACUACGAAGACGAAGACGACGAAGACGAGGACGAGGAGGAGGACGGCGGUGGUGGUGGCGGAGGAGGAGGAGGAGGAGGAGGAGGAGGCGGCGGCGGCGGAGGAGACGGUGAAACCGGUGAAGGAGGUAGUGCCAGUGACGAUAGUGGUGUUAGUGGUAUCGGUGGCGAAAGUGUUUACGGUGAUUGUAGUGACGGUGGUGGUAUCGGCUGCUGUGGUGACGACGGCGACGGCCGCGGCCGCGGAAAGUGCCAAGUGCGACGAGGAGAACGGAAUUAAAGAGGCAGAGAGGUGGUGGUGGUGGUGGAGGAGAAGAAGUUCCGCCCGGAGGUCGUUUCACCCUCUUCGUGGCGACGGGGCCGUUAUCUGGCCGCGCUGUUUAGUAGCUGCUGCCGCUCUGGCUCGCAGCAAGCAGAUCGAGAAGAAUCUCAAGGAGGAUGGUAUCCAGGCGGCCAAGGACAUUAAACUCCUGCUGCUUGGAGCGGGCGAGUCCGGCAAGAGUACGAUCGUGAAACAAAUGAAAAUUAUCCACGAGAGCGGCUUCACGCCGGAAGACUUCAAGCAGUACAGACCCGUCGUAUACAGUAACACGAUACAAUCUCUAAUCGCUAUUCUCAGAGCAAUGCCUAAUCUGGGCAUCAGCUUUUCAACCAACGAGCGAGAGACGGACGCAAAAAUGGUAUUCGACGUAAUACAAAGAAUGGAAGACACCGAGCCCUUUAGCGAAGAAUUGCUGGCGGCUAUGAAGAGGCUGUGGUACGAUAAUGGAGUGCAGGAGUGCUUUGGUAGGAGCAAUGAGUAUCAGUUGAACGACUCCGCAAAAUACUUUCUGGAUGACUUGGAUCGAUUAGGAACGAGGGAUUACCAGCCAACGGAACAGGAUAUUCUCAGAACCCGAGUAAAAACGACGGGAAUCGUGGAAGUCCACUUCUCAUUCAAAAACCUCAACUUCAAAUUAUUUGAUGUAGGUGGUCAGAGGAGUGAGCGUAAGAAAUGGAUACAUUGCUUCGAGGAUGUAACUGCAAUUAUCUUCUGUGUGGCAAUGUCCGAAUACGAUCAAGUUUUGCAUGAGGACGAAACGACGAACCGAAUGCAAGAGAGCUUAAAGCUGUUUGAUUCGAUCUGCAACAACAAGUGGUUUACCGACACCUCGAUUAUCCUUUUCCUGAACAAGAAGGAUCUCUUUGAGGAAAAAAUCCGCAAGUCUCCUCUUACAAUCUGUUUUCCCGAAUACGCUGGUGCGCAGGCGUACAGCGAAGCGGCUGCAUACAUCCAGGCACAGUUCGAAGCGAAGAACAAGUCGACCACGAAGGAGAUUUACUGCCACACGACCUGUGCCACCGACACGAACAACAUUCAAUUUGUGUUCGACGCAGUCACAGACGUCAUUAUCGCCAAUAAUCUGCGCGGCUGCGGUCUCUACUAGGCUAAUUCUGUAUUCUACGUUAAGCGCAAACGGAGGAGGAAAACGUUACCCACGACAUGGCUGGCCGGACGAUAUUCUUCAAUGGGUUCGUGGCUCGUCUCGGUUCUACUCCGACGCGAGAAAGAGAGAAGGAGAGCGAGAGAAAGAGAGAGAAAGACGACCCCUUUCGUUAUCAACGCUGUGCAGAAGCGUAGCGAAACGUUUAGUUUGUCUUGUCUUAUACUAAUGAAUCCGAGAAGUCGAUAAUCGUUCGUGGUGUCGGUCGAAGAAAUGGCACGCUCCUUGACGAAGGCAGCGAGAAAGAACGAUCGAUUGCGGGAGAGAAACGCGUGCUCUAAGAACGAGACGGUGGGCCAUCGUUGGCUCCGAUCAUCGGAGAGAAUUAGAUGUCGUUUUCGCAGGAAACGAGAUCGAAAGCGAUCGAUUGGCGAUAUCACGACUUUAGUAUAUGUGCCGAAGAAAUGAAAAGGAUCUUAGUUAAUCGUGCUUGCAUCCGAUCGUCGACGGUGACGAAAACUGACGGGUCCUGUACAAAAUUGAGAGAGUCGCGGACCGUUUAAUCGAAGCUGGCCAUCGAUGUUAAGAAUCGUCGAGACUUGUACUGCGAUUUUCGGCUUCGUUCUUGUUUCGCUAUAGAAACGCUCGAGCAUUCCAUGACGCUCCAUGCGGAGGAAGAGAGGAAGAGUCACGCGUGCGCGCCGCGCAUACGAGUCGAAAUCUUUUCCCACAAUUUUCGCACACAGAUUUUACUAAGCGCACUCGAAGUUCGGUUUAUAUAUACACAUAUACACGUUCAUAUAUUCUCUUAUGUCUCUUCUUUCAUCGAGGAGCAAAUUCGCACGCGAUCGAACGUAUCUCUCGAAAGCGUCGACAUGCGUUUUCCCAGAUUUGCAUUUUGAUAAGCGGAGAGCGAUUGAAGGACAACGCGGCAAAUUUUGUAAGAGAGCAACGCGCGGUGUCGAUAUCGCGAAGUAUCUCCAAGCUCAGUUGAUUACUUCUCGUAAUAUAACGGUUAGAUCCUUCUAUUUUUAUUUCAUGUCAUUUCUAUACGUCAUGCAAAUUAUCACGCAGUUAAUACGACGACCACGCACACGGGGUAUUCCUAGGCACAGGAACCUUACAGCCACAAAUGUCGAUCCAUACGCACAUACACGCGCAUAAAUUAUUUUUCACGGUGGAGAAAUUUAUUCCCUUCGUUAACGAUCGUCGACAGAGUGUCAUGUACAGUAUACUUUUAGCGCACGUACACGAAUUUCAAGUAUAUGUAAGAACGCGUCGACCCUUGAAAUCCUUGUGACUCUGAAAUCAUUCGUUCGUAUGAUGAAAUUUUCUGAUAGGAAUAUUAUGAAAAUGAAAAGUCACGCAAUUUCUACGCGCGAGAUAAUCCGCAUUAUCUUACUCGCGGAUACCGAGGGAAAAAAUUUUGCGGAAUAACGAGACUUCUUACAAUUAAAAACGAUUGUCGAUAGUUUACUGACAAUGAAUCCAAGAUUUUCACGUGGACGCUCCGUGCGUUCGAGCAGGGACACGUAUGCACGUACUUGUGUGUACACAAUUUUUGAGACAUCCUGUGCACCCGCGUAUGCGGCGCUGCAGCGAUUCGCGGGAAUCCUAAGAGUGUAUUUUUCUAAGUGCUUCGUUUUUCUUCUUUUCCGUUUUUCUUUUUCCUACGGGGUGUACCGACAAUACUGAUAGUUAAAUUCAGUGUAUGGAAAGAGAGGGAUGGGCGAGGGAAAGUGUACGAGAGCAUGCACACAUGGGACCUCACAUUUAGGCGCGUGCAAGACACGUACGUUUCCGGGACAGGACAAGUAAGAAUCUCGUUGCGCACAAUCGUACUGUACUCGGCGCUAUCUCGCAUAAGUUAUAUUUUAUUAUAUGGUAACCGUUGGGGGAGAUACCAGCGAGAGAAAACGAGCCACCGAUGAUCAGCAUCGUCACAUUUCGAUACUUCGAUUGCUUUCUCGUCAGAAAAGGAGAAGCUGAAGGGAUGAUAGGAAUAGAAGAGAAGUAAACGCAUAUGGGGCCUACGCAUGAAGAUUGUCAUAUACAAUUCAAUAUACUAGGAUGUUUUUGACAAUGUCAUGAGUCAAUGUACAAGGAUAAACGGCAUACGUUGUUGAAAACAAUUACGAUAAAUCUUUGUACGUUGUUUUACAACUCUAUCGGAAAUACGGAAAAAAAAAAUUAUUAAAACAACUAAAAGCUUCACUGAUUCAGCAAAUCUACGUAAUAUACAGACAACUAGUUUUCUAUGUUAAAGUAGCAAAGUUGUACUGCUAAAUAAAAUUAGUGAUUAUAGAUAAUCAUAUUUGUUGUAAUAGCACAACAGAUUUGUUAAAAAAAAGAAUACAGGAAAAAUAACUUUCCUUGAAAAUCGAUCCAAUAUAUAUACCAAAAUUUUUUA